CAGAAAGCUGCUCGAGCUGCGUCUUGUUUAGCACUGAUGGACCUGGAGGGUUUGAAGGACUAAGGAAGCGACUCUGAAGCAGCUGGGCAUCAUCUUUAUGGCGACCACAGCCAGCAGUGGAGCCGUCACUGCCCGUUCAGGUUGGGUGGCAUUCACCAAUGAGCCUGGGCACACAGACAAGCACAGCGGCAUGCAGAUGACCGGUGUGACUGAGCCUGUUCUGGACUCAUCUGAGCGGGGAGACUCUCCCACCAGGCUUGUGAUGCAGCAGAGCGGCUGGGUACAGUUUGAUGACAAGCCGUGGUCCUCGUCCUCUUCUCCCUCUCUCCAGGUAAAAGGUCACAGACACUCCGUAUGUUCCUCAGCCAGUUUUUGGAGCACAGCGGGUGUCUCUGAGAGCAUAGAGUCUGAAGAACAGAGCUCAGUAAGCAUGGACGCCUCAUCCUAUGAUCUCCCACCUCUCACUUUGGAGGAGCCACCCAACCACAGCUCGUCCACUCUGCAUUCACCCAAUUCAUCCAUUUGUCAAGAGGAUGAAGGAGUGAACAUGGAUACUCUCAACUGGACUUCCAACAACUCCCAUACAAACAGGCAAUCGCACGUCGGCACCAGCCGCUUUUCCAGCUGGGUAACUUUUGACGACGAUGACUUUGAGUUGCCAGGCUUCCAACCUGCUCCAAAACCUUCCAACCUCAAGCUCGACAAUCUCAGCAACCUCCCGCUACAGGAUGCCAACAGCAACUUUGUGUCCUCUAUACAGAACCAGAAGACGGAAAGACACAUACUGGAUUUAACCCCAGAUGGAACAGAUUCCGUGUUUGGUUUUGCGAGUCCGGCGGUAAACAACAGCUCUCCUUAUACCAAAAAGAAUCCGUUCCUGCAUGAUGAUUACUCAAGCAUCCAGCCAUCACCUAUUAACCCUUUUAGUGCCUACUUUAAUAAGACCGAGUCCAACUCGUCUGAAAGCCAUGAUGUGGAGACUCCUGGUUUCUCUGUCAGCUCCACUGCCUCUGAUACUAACUUCAAGCCGAAAUCGAUCUUUCUGUUCUCCACUACAGAUGAGACUAACGCUUACCCCUCAGGUCCUUCUAAAGAUGACCUGGAUCAGUUCAAAAACUUGCAGAUCUCUGACCCUGAUCAGUUAGGAAGUCCGUCUUUACCCGAUGACUCUGUCGAUGGCGAAGACGAGGAAGAGACCCUGUACAAACCAGCUCACAUGUCUCCGCAGGAUGGCUGGCCCAUGCUUCUGCGCAUCCCUGAGAAGAAGAACAUCAUGUCCUCUCGGCACUGGGGGCCAAUCUUUGUAAGACUGGGUGACUCCGGUAAACUGCAGCUGUUCUACGAGAAAGGCCUGGAUAAACCCUUCAAGGAGUUCCAGCUAAAUGCUCAGCUCGAGCUAUCCGAGCACAAGCUGCAGAACUACGAGGAGAACAGUCGAGUGCACAGUCUGAGCCUGGACCACGUGGUGUACAAGGAGAAGCGAAAAAUCCAGCCCAAAGUAAGUGUAGUUCAUGUACCUAUCAAGGAGCAACUGGUGAAGCUUGGUACCAUCGAUUACCAGGAUUUUCUCAGCUUUAGGCAUGCUCUGAAGGAAAAGCUGGUGGGCAUAUCGCCAGAGGCGGACUCCAUCACCUCACCUGUGACUUAUUCUGAGGAGGAGGUACAGGUUGAAGUUGUGGAUAACUUUUAUGGAGUCAUGUCAAAAGGCGACAACCGUAUUCUACAACAACUAGUAACGACCCGUGUAUCCAUGCUUGCCUUUUUGACAGGCUCGCCGACUUGUCGUCUUGGCCUCAACGACAUCCAGGUCAAAGGAAAAGAGGUGGUGUCUCGGCAUGACAUCAUUCCCAACACUACAACACGCUGGAUACGUCUGCGAGACUGUCGCCUGCAUGACUGCGCAGACCAGUCGGAGUUUAAAGAAUCCAGUACCAUCACGUUUGAACCCCCAUCUGGACGUCGAUUCGAGCUGCUGCACUUUAGGACUGCGUAUGCCGAAAAGACUUUGCCAUUUAUUUUGAGAACAGUCGUCAGCGUUCAAGGCGCGGAGGUGGAACUCCAAUCCUGGCUGGUGAUGUCAACGGGAUUCUCGUCAAAUAGAGACCCGCUAACAUUAAUACCAUGUGAAAACGUGGUUAUUCGUUACCCCAUCCCUGAAAUAUGGGCUAAAAACUUCCGCAGAGAGAGCGUGACUGGAGAGAAGUCCCUAAAGGCACGGUUCAAUAAAGGAGCCAGUUUUGGUUCUGUAAGCAGUUCAGGGUCAGAACCAGCCAUGAGGAUAACACUGGGCACUGCUAAGUAUGAACAAGCCUUCAAGUCUGUGGUGUGGAGAAUCGGCCGUCUGCCAGACAAAAACUCAGCACUUGGUCACCCUCACACCUUCUUCUGCCAUUUGGAGCUGGGCUCAGACUGGGAGGUACCACAGAUGUUCCAGUGCCGGGUGGAGGUGGAGUUCGACAUGCCUUCUGCUUCUGCCUCCAAAACUUCUGUUCGCUCGCUGUCUGUGGGCGAUCAGGCCGAGCUGAAGAAGUGGAUCACUUAUAAAGCGCACUACUUCUAUCAGGUGGAGAUGGAGCAGAAGAAUGAGGGAGCCACGGAGAACCUGGAGCAGGAUCAGCCAGGGAUGUGCACUCAGCAAUGAGAAAAUACACACAUACAUGGUUCUUUCAACAGUUGCAUUUAAAAAUAGAAAACACUGAUCCUCUCCAUUAAAUGAAUGGCUAAUGGAUUUUUGGUUAUUCCAUUUUUUUUGUACUUUUCAGUACGCACAACUUUAUUGGGAGGAAUCACAGUGUACCUGAAAAUAAUAUACUGUAUAUAUGAGUUGUAAAACCUACUGCCCAGAUUUAUCCUAUUAAGCAAAACAAUUCAU